AUGGCCAAGAUUAACAAAACAAAAGCUGACGCUAUCAAGAAUGAUCUUGAUAUUACCCGAAAUGAACUGAACCGUACCAAAGAUUCAGCACAGCAGCUCAAAUCAGAGCUCAGGUUGGCAAACAAAACUAUUAAAGAUCAAAGCAUCGAAAUAGAAAACCUUAACAAAACAGUCUCAGAUAUGAAGAAAUCUCUAAUCAAGAGAAUGAAUUCCAUUCAAGAUAAACUCCAUAACGUGGAAAAACGUUCGUUAACCUCUUGCUCGCAACACUAUGCCACCAAUUCAUCCACAGCAAUACGAUCACGUCCACAUAGUGAACCUUCACGCACUGAUGUAGUUGUUACCAGACAUGCAUCAGUCUGGGAUAUACCUUCAACUUACACUGGCACAAGUGUUAAACCGCAACACUCCUAUGCACAUAAAGCAGGAGAUAACACACUGAUCUCUACAUGCUCGUCUUCUUCAUCUACUACUUCAAUUACUCAUACCUCAACUGCUUCUGGUAAUCAUAGCGCUACGUCAGCUUUGCCGGAGCAUAUCACCCCGUCUGUCAUUCCAACUACAGUUCCUGCCCCAUCACUCGCAGCUGUAAGCGCUAAUGCCACUUCUUCAGACCGUGAGCAGACAACGUCACUCUGCAGUAACAGCAACCUACGCGCCAACAAUAACGACUCUACAUCUUCAAACAAUGCUGGUAUCUCCUGUACUACACUUGCCCCGCCAUCCACAUCUAGUGCUAGAACGCCAUUUCCGACUAAUUUACCCUGGCCACAUAAACAAGUAUCAGAACGAGCACGAAACAAAGCCAGUUCUGUUUCAAAUGUUAGUGCGCGCGUAAGUCAAAAUGAUCUCUCAUCUGCUAAAUCCAAAUCUAAUAAUACAGAUUUCAAAGGCUCUUCUAUUAAGAGUGUCAUUAAUACCACUUCGAAGACAUCAUCAGCUGAUAAUCUUAAUGCAAAUUAUGAGGCUCGUUAUUUUAACGAGGUGGCGUCAGUUGAUGAUGACUUUCAAGGUGUUAUCUCUCACAGACGUAAUACUAAACGUUUGGCUCUAGCAUAUGUGAAAUCCGUUCCUUACGACCAACUUCGUCCUUCUCUUACACGUUAUGCUGAAUCCCGCGGUGUAACUGUUACAUGGCUCAGAGUAAUGGCUCGUAAACAAGCUGGAUCAGAAAACGAAUGGCUACUUGUCCGAGUAAAUGUCAUCGCUUCGGAUUUCAAGAAAGCCUUGCAACACGACUUUUGGCCAAGAAAUGUCGUUUGUAGAGAAUGGGUUUCAAAACCAAUGCAUGAUAAAUCCAAACUUAGUCCUCAUCACGAUGACUGGCAUACCAACGCGCACGAAGGCGAUUAUAGCAACAAUGCAUAUCAUGAUGACAAUUCAUAUUAUGGCCCAUAUCUCGAUAGAUACGACGACACAGGAUUUUAUACCUAA